AUGUAUAUUUUAUUCCUUUAUUAUAUCAUAUUCUUUAUCAAUGUUAUUCAUAACAUUGAAAUGAACCAUUCCAAAGGGAAAUGUUUAAAUCAAUGGAUUCAAUCAAAAGAACGUGUAGCAUUCUCAUUGUCUCCAUGUUUCACUUGUAAAUAUUCUAGUUUUCAAGGUUCUAUGAAUAUUAAAUGGGAUUGUGAACAGUCAUAUAAUUUGAAAAUUAAGGGUACAAUUGAUUCAAUUCCAUUAAAAGAACUUUCUAAUAAUGAAUUAAUCAUUUAUAGAACAAGAGAGAAUCUAUCCUAUUCGAAUACAAUUUUAUAUGCCUAUUAUACUACUAGUUAUGGUCAAGUUAGUAUUAUAUUAACAUUAAAAUUAAUUGCCCAUCAUUCUAUCAAUGAUCAAUCUAAAUUACAAAUUCAUUUUAAGCCUAUUCUAAAUAAUGACAAAAGAUCAUUUAAAUAUUUUCAAUUAUUUUGGGUUUCAUUAAAACAAACUGAUUAUACUGUAUUCAUUUAUAAUUUAACACAUACACUUCAAUAUGAAACUUAUAGUACAUCAAUAUGUUUAGAUAAUUUAACAGAAGGAAUUCAAUAUAAAUUUUGUAUUGUUGAAACAUUAUAUGCAUGUAAAAGUACAUCAUGGAAUUGUAUCAUUAAAACAAUUCCAACAAUCAAAUAUUCAUAUUCAUUAACCGCUAAUUCAUCAUCUAUUCAAUAUCAAGCAACUAUAAACCAUUUACAAAUUAAACAUAUUGGUAGUAAUUGGUUACAAUUAACAUGGUUGCCAAUAUCUCAGACAUUAUAUUGGUAUAUUAAUGAAAUACCUUUUGCAUAUGUAAUCAAAGCUAUUGGUAAAUUGAAAACAUUAUAUUGUACUGAUCGAAUUUAUAGUAUACAAGCACCAUGGGCUUACAAUGCAAAGUCAACGAUAAUGUCAUAUAUACAUCAUGUAUAUUCAAAUAAUAUUUCUUCUAAAUGUUCAUUCAAUACUACUUAUAAAGAAAUUAAUCUAUUAAGUAAUUUAUGGCCAGAAUGGAAUCAAUUCAUUGAAUUACAACAACAAACUAAUCAUGAUGAAUGGGGAUCUAUCAAUGAAUUUCAUAUAGAAUUAAAUGAACUUACACCGUUACAAGAAUAUGAUAUAAGUAUUGAACCAUUAUUUAAAAAAUAUAAAGGAAUUAGUCAAUCAAUUACAACGGAUACAUUGAAUCCUUCUAUGGAUUGUAAUUUAACAUUAGAACAAAUCAAUUCUAAUGAAAGUUAUAUUUAUUGGUCAUUACCAUUAUACAUUAAAUCUAAUUUAAUAAAUAUAAAUAAUUCUAUGUAUGUAUUACAAAUAUCACAUAUUGGUAGACCAGAAAAGGAUUUAUCAAAGACAUGCUUUAUUCAUAAUUGUUCAAUGGGUUAUUCAUCAGAAGAAACUCUGAAUUUUCUACCACAAUUAGAAAAUGAACCACAACGUUUAAAUUGUUAUACAAUUCAAUUACCUAUUUAUAAUGAAACAACCAAAUUCAUUUUGAAUUGUCCAUUAAUACCAUGUAAAUUAUAUGAAAUCUCUAUUCAAAUUUUAUAUAAGAAUCAAUUGAUGAAUGAAUUUAAUUGUAAACGACGAUUUAUACAAAAUGGUUUAGCACCUAAAUCUCCAUCAAAUGUAUAUGCUAAAGCAUUAACUAAUAAUAUGAUACUAUUUCAAAUGGAUAAACCAAAAUCAUCUACAUUUGAUCAUUGUAAUACAUUUGGUUAUAUCAUAUCAUUCACCAAUAUCCAUACUAAUGAUAAGUAUUCGACAAUUCAAUCAUAUAAUGAUAAGCAUUACACUAUAAUUCAUAUGAAUGACUUAGAAAACAAUAAUCAUAAUCCACAAUUACAUGAAGGUUAUUAUAAUAGACCAAGUUAUCAAUUCUUUCUUAAUAAUCCAUUCCCUCCAAGGAAUCAUAUGUCUAUACGAAUUCAAUCUAUUCCAAUGAAUGAUCAAAAUUGGAUUGAUUUAAAUAUUUCAUUAAUGAAUUCAAAUUGUUAUUUAGAUUGUAUUUGGCCAAAUCAACCUCCAUAUUAUCGAUUUACACAAGCACUAAAUAAUGAUUAUAUAGGUCAACAUAAAAGUUAUGUCAUUCCUCAAACACUGAAAAAUAAUCUACAAAUUUUUCAAUGUUCAACAAUGAUGAAUCCAGUUAAUAGUCAUUCUAGACUAUGUCAAUUUCAUUCAUAUUUACAAUUAUCUGAGCAUACAUAUUGUAUGAAUGCUCAUUCAUCUAUUGAAACAUGUUUUAUUCCUACAUGUGAUGAAACUGCUCUUAUUCCAUGUGUCACUUUACCAAAAUCUAUAAUUGCCAAUUCAUCUACAAUACAAAUCGAAUGGUUAACAACUCAAUUAUCAUUACAGGGAAAUAAUCCAUUUCAAUUAGAUCUUCAUAAAGAUGAUCCAAUGAAAACAGAUUCUUAUUUAAUUAUUUUAAAUCAAUUAAAUGAGCUAUAUGGAAGAAAACAUGGAGCAUGUGCUCAAUAUUCAUUUGUGGUAAUCUCUAAAGAUACUCAUGAAAAUUGGAAAAAUUAUUUUCAUGAUUUAAUUAUUCAAUCAUUAAUCCAUUCAUGUCUUGGACAAACUACACAUUCAUAUCCUGAAUUAAAACAAUCCAAUAUAAUUAUAUUUGAUAAAUUAAUACCAAGUACAUUAUAUGAGAUAAUUAUUAUACCAUUUAAUAAAUAUGGUAAACCAGGAGCUAAUUGGAAACAAGAAGUAUCUACUACAAUUCCAGUUCCAUGUAAACCAGAUAAUAUGGAAUUUUAUAAAAUUGAAUCUCAUGCCCUUUCAAUUAAAUGGUAUUUAUCAAGGAAUAUAUAUUGUGGUUAUCCAUCACGUAUUAUUGUUUAUUAUAAACAUAUUAAUGAUGGUAACAAUCGAGAAGAAGUAGAAGAAGAAGAAGAAGAAGGAUGGUUCAAUAUUGAUACAGAAUAUAAAUUAGAUCAUAUAAGAAUAUCAUCACUUAAACCAUGUCAAUUAUAUUGUAUUCAAAUGAAAUUGAUUAAUCAAGCUGGUAUAGGACCAUUAUCAUAUAGAAUUUGUAAUAGAACUAAACGAGCAGCUUUUACAAAUAUACCAACAUUAACUAGUGAAAUGAUAGAAUCUAAACAACAACAACAACCAUAUAAUCCUCAUAUCAUAAUGUUACGUUUAAGAAUUCAUUUGAAUUAUACUAUUUAUUGUCCUGUUCAAUAUGAAUUUCUAAUCAAUAUUUAUAAUGAUGAAGAAAAUCCUCUCAUUAUCAUUACAUCUAAUCCUGAAGUUAUUCUUCGUAAUACUAUACAACGUGGAAUGUUAUAUCAAUUACGUGGACGAGUACGUUCAAAUGAAUCAAUAUCUACAUCAAUAUUAUAUAAUGAAAUGGAUAUGUUUCAAUUUAGUCAAUGGGCUCCAAUUACUUUAUUUUAUGCAAAUAUGUCACAUUUUGAAUUUAUCAAUUUCACAUUGAAUGUUCAACGUCCAAUCGAAAUUCAUAAACCUAAUGUAAAUGAUCAUUAUGAUUAUCAAUGUUUAUUCAAUAAUCAAUAUAUCAAUAUCAUGAAUAACCAUUCAUCAUCAUCAUCAUCAACAACAACAACAACCAACACCAUGGUCAAACUGCCUGAUCCCCAUCCUGCUGAUCGGCAGUUAUCCAUGUAUAAUAAUAGUCAAUUGAAUAAAUAUAGUUAUUGUUUACAUAUCAAAUGGAAUAUUAUUGGAAAUUUAUAUGGUUUAUUAGGUUUUGCAAUACAAUUUUUUAUACCAUUUAAACAAAUUUCAUAUCAAUUAAGUUCAACUGAUGAUCAAUCAAAUAGUAUUGAUUUACAACAAUGUGCACAAUUUCUAUGGUUACCAUGUUCUGGUUGUUUAGGAAAUUAUUCUUUGCGAAAUGUUCAUCCAAAUGUUUUAGAAAAAUUAAAAAAAUUAAUUGAUAUUUGUAAAUUAGAUCAAAAUUCUUAUCCAUCUACAUUCCAUACUUAUUCUAUACAACAAUCUAAUCAAAAUUCUUUAUUAUCAACCAUAGACAAUCUUCAGAAGGAAUUAAAUACCUUACAAUUACAUCAAUUCAAUCAAAUGACUAUCAAUGAUACAAUAUACAAAUUUGAUUAUUAUUAUCAUAUAGUUAAUCCAAUGAUAUCUAUAAUGAAUUCUAAACUUUCACGUAGAUCUAUCAAUGUAAAACAAGAUUUACAUUUAUUGAAUCAAAAUGUAUCAUCCUCAUCAUCAUCGACAAUGUUGUCGUCUUCUUCAAAGACUGUUGAUUCACAGCAUAGUGGAUAUGUUAUUGUAUAUUCUGUAACAGCAGAUGAUGUUAUCUAUUCAAUUAAACAUAAAUGGAGAAUAAAUGAUGAAUUAUCAUCGUCAAAUUUAUCUGGAACAAUUUAUAUGGUAUUAAUUGUCAGUUGUAUAAUGUUAAUACUCAUAUUUACUUCCUUAACAAUAGCCAUUGUGUUUAGUAAAAGAAAACGUCUAAAUCAGACAAAAUUCAUUGGAUUACAUACUGUUGAAUAUUGUGAAGAUGAGGAAGAUGGAUAUGAAUUACGUGAAGAGUACAAAUCCCCAGUUAUUCCUUCAAAAAUUCCACGACAACCAGAUCCUAUAAACAUUCAAGACUUUAUCAAUUGGUUUGAAAAGAAUUUGAAUAGUUUAAGACAAGAAUUCAAGUCAUUGAAUAUUCAUUCACAUAGACAAGAACAAGCAAAACAUCUUACAUGUACCAUCGGUCAACGUCCAGAAAAUCGUCUACGUAAUAAGUAUCGUAAUCUUUUACCUUUUGAUCAAAAUUAUGUACAAUUGUCAAAUGCAUUGAUAUUACCUAAUUCGGAACAGAUGAAUUCAGUUGACCGAUCGAAAGAAAAUGGAGUUAUUAUACAUAACAAUGAACAUACUAAUCAGAGUGAGAACAUUAUCGACACCUCACAAGGAUUGCCUGAUAUUGGUAGUGAACAAUGGAUUCCAUCUAAUUAUGUGAAUGCUAGUUGGAUCCCAAGUAAAAUACCAGGAAUUUCAAGUACCAUAGUUAAUAGUGGACAAUUACCUUGUAAGUAUAUUGCUUCACAAGCGCCAGUUGAUCAUACACGUAGUUUAUUUUGGCAAAUGGUGUGGGAUCAUCAUGUUCAUUUGAUUGUUACACUUACUAGAUCAAUAGAAAAUGGUAAAGAAAAAUGUUCUGUCUAUUGGCCAACCGACGUUGAUGAUGGUGAUGUUGAUGGCGAUAAUGAUGAUACCGCGGAAUUACCUUCAAAUAAACAUUGUCAAACCAAUUCCAAACGCGUAAUUCAAUUUGGACGAUUUAAAAUUCAUCUUUUAUCAGAAACAAAUUAUUCAGCCUAUAUUAGACGCAGUUUUAAACUGUAUGAUCGUAAAACAUUUAACAAAGAACAAUAUCGAAAUAUUAUUCAAUUACAUAUGCUUAAUUGGCCAGAUUUUUCAACUCCAUCCAAAGAAGAUUUUCUUCGUUUACUUUAUGCUUAUUGGACUGAAAGACGUCUUUCAAUGAAUAAUUCACCAGUUCUGGUACAUUGCAGUGCUGGUGUUGGAAGAACUGGUACAUUUAUUUGUUUAGAUCAAUUAUGUCAACAAGCUCGUUAUUAUUUACAACCAAAUUUACAAAUUUUUCUACAAAAAAUUAAUCAAAUUAAUGAACCAAUUUAUGUGAAUUUAAAUAAAGAAGAUAGUGGAGUUGAUGAAGGAGAAGUGGGGGAUUUCAAUGAAGAACCAUCAUUGACAUCAUCAUCAUUAUCAAUAGCAAUGAGAAUCAAUGAUAAGAGUGUAAAUAUAUCAAAUAAUAAACAAAAUCAUUCCACAGAGGAUCAAUAUUCAACGAUUCAUGAAAAUCUUCUUCAUAAAAACACUUUAAAUAUAUCCAGUGAUAAUGAAAAACGUACAAAACGUUUCUUAUUUCAUCGACGAAAUUAUAAUAAAACACAAUCUUUCGAUAUAUUCAAUAUGGUUCUAUGGUUACGAUCUAAACGUAGUCAUAUGGUACAAACAAUGGAUCAAUACAUAUUUAUCUAUGAAUGCUUAGCAUAUUUUAUUAAACAACUGAAAGAACAAGAUCGAAUCUAUGAAAAUAUCUAA